GGAGUGCGACCCCGGUGGUGGUACAAUGCUGUCACGGGUACCUGUGAGCAGUUCAUGUGGGACCCUUGGGAUGAGACCGAGCCACAAUCACCAAAUAAUUUCAAAACUCGUGAACACUGCGAAUCCUAUUGCCGAGACAAGUUUGUUGCUCUCUUGCAAUCGGAAUUCGUCGCUUUGCGUGUGGCUGCUUUGACCGUGGGUCAAAUCACUGUACAUAAUUCAGCUUGCAAACGUGGAUCACCUCAGUACGUCACUGGAAGCUCCCAAAAUGAGGAUGAACCUAUCAACAACUGCCAGACAGCUUCUUCUUGUACUUCCAACUAUGAAUGCACAACCAUUGGAUCCAUGCAGAUGUGCUGCCCCACAGUAGCUUCAAUCUGUAGUAACACAGGAGGACGACCCGUUGAUGCUAUUCGCCAUACAAAUUUUGAUCCUGGAAUGAGUAUGAAGAGGAGCUUCAGUCUUACUUUCUCUACAUCUAGCAGAUAUUACUACGAUGCUGAGCAAGGUCGUUGCAUCGCUUUUACCUACAACGGAGCACUUGGGAAUUUCAACAAUUUCAAAUCGGCAGCCGAUUGUGACUUAUUCUGUGCUAAACUGCAAUGCAAAUACGGUACUCCGCUAAAGAUCGGUGCUGCCAAUCAACGCUGUAGCAAUAAUGCCGACUGUCCAAGCACUCAUGAAUGCCAAAGCGAUCAUAAUGUCUGUUGUCCACGACCACUAAUUCUGACACACUUAUUUAUCUCACCUCGCGUAAUUUUUCUAUAUUUUUACACGGAUAUAAUACCAAUGUAA